AUGUUCCCGGCGGCGGCGGCCGGGGCAGCGCGGGCCAGAGGCGCGGCGCGCGGAGCCCUCGGCUGCCGGACGGCGCGCGGCGGCGGGCGGGCUGCCAGUGGCCGGCUCUGCGCUGCCCCGGGGGCUCUGAAGGCGAGUCCCGGGCUUUGUCUCCCGCGCUUCUUUCGUGCUGACGGUCAGGGAGCUCCGGGUCGGCGAAGGACGCGGGCGGGACGCCGCGGGGCUCGGGCCCGGACGCGACGGUCGGAAGGGAAGGGGCGGACAAAAAAAGACCAAAUGGCAAAGCAACCUUCAGAUGUAAGUUCUGAGUGUGACCGAGAAGGUGGACAAUUGCAGCCUGUUGAGAGGCCUCCUCAGCUCAGGCCUGGGGCCCCUACCUCUCUACAGACAGAGCAGCAAGGUAAUCCUGAAGGCGAAGGGGACCGCUGCCCCCAAGGCAGCCCUCAGGGCCCACUGGCCCCACCUGCCAGCCCCGGCCCUUUUGCUACCAGAUCCCCGCUUUUCAUCUUUGUGAGAAGAUCCUCCCUGCUGUCUCGAUCCUCCAGUGGGUAUUUCUCUUUUGACACAGACAGGAGCCCGGCACCCAUGAGUUGUGACAAAUCAACACAAACCCCAAGUCCUCCUUGCCAGGCCUUCAACCAUUAUCUCAGUGCAAUGGCUUCCAGGAGGCAGUCUCAGGCUGUACCUGCAGAUAUGCGCCCGGAGAUGUGGAUUGCGCAGGAGUUGCGGCGUAUUGGAGACGAGUUUAAUGCAUAUUACCCAAGGAGGGUCUUUUUGAAUAAUUACCCAGCAGCAGAAGCCCACCCCCAAAUGAUUAUCUUACGACUGUUACGUUACAUCAUCCGCCUGGUGUGGAGAUUGCAGUGACGACGGGCUCCUCGCGGGGCCAGAUGUGUGCAGACAUUUCGCUGGUUCCAACCAACAAGCCCAGCACCGCGGCUAAGGGGUGCCGAUGCUGUGCGGCUGGCGGUUCUUCCCCAGAGAGGUCAUGCGGGGAGGCCAGCCGAUGCGAUCCGAGGACGCUGCGCUGCACGUGGACUCGACCUUUCUGUUCGCCACACGGCAGAAUUUCUGAUGGAAGUUUGUUGUGAAUGUAAAUGAGGGAGGAUUCUUUUUAAAAAAAAAAAAAAAUGUACAAAUCAUGAUUCUUUGGAGCAGGAUUUUAUGCAAGAAUGGUGUUUACACACGGUGUGGGUUUUUUUUCCACCUUCUUUAAUAAGAACAGGUUUUUCAAAAAGGAAAUGGAAACUUUUUAACCAACUCGUGAAUGAUUUUUGUACUAAAAUUUUAAGAACCUAUUGCCUACUCUCAGAGGAUUAUGUAAACUCUGCAGUGGAAACUGAGCCAGCUAAUUGAUAAAGCUGCCUUAGUUUAUUUUUAGAGAUUACUGUACAGAAUUUUUAAGGGGGAGAGGUAUGAGAUAGCCCCCUCCCUGCCCUGCCAUUGGCUCUUUAACGUGCUUUUUUUUUUUUAUCAUUAAUACCAAAUAAGUUCUUAUGAAACAAAAUCAAUUUAAAGGGGCAGAGGGUCUGUUGUCCGCCUGUAUUGCUAUGCCACUCCCGUUUUGUAAAUAUUUACUUACCUCCUUAAAUUCAGUUGCAUCCCUGGCAAAAUUUUAAAACUCUCUUCGUGUAUUUUUCCUCGUCUCCUUUGGUGAUGCUCCUCUGGUCUGUCUGGAGGCCGUUGCACACAGGAGGUGCAGCAUAUUCUCAUCAUGAAAGGGAACUGGGUCAGAGCAUGAAUAAGGAUCUGCCUGUGACCUCUACAACCCCAUUUGUCUGUCGGUAGCUUAUUCACUGGGACGUGCAUGGUGUUGGGUUUUCACUGGUUUUGAUGGGCUCGUCAUUUACAGGUGUUCUGAAGACGGAAUAGCAGUCCUAGCACAGACAGGUACCAUGGCCCUCGGCACCGUGGGCUUCUCUGGUUGCAGACUUCCCUGAGGUCACAGGUGCACCGUCAGCAGGGGCCGCAGGUGGUGAACGUGCCCGCUCACUGAUCUGGUGGGACUAUAGGUGUCAGAGCUCCAGCCCUCGAGGGAAUUGGCGCAAGUCAUGGGCGGGGCUUUAGGCAGCUGUUUCCUAGGCUUCCAGGCUUUUCAUACAACUCCAGGUUCAUCUGGCCUUUGAUGCCUGACACUUGGUUCCCACCCCUCCAGAUCCACUUAGGAACGAAGGCCUAAUUCUGCCUUCAGCCGUACCGUAUAAACACUGCAUUGGAGCCUAAAUCUGAAGUGGGCUCUCAGCCUCUGACAGAUGUCUGUCUGUCUUGUUCCGUUAUUCUCGGGACAGUUGGGUGUUGUUGGACCACACCUGGUACACCCACCUCGCUCUUGGGCAAGCUUGCUCUUUCUCCACAUCUGCCUGGGGUGGGAUGCAGCAACUGGAGGGUCCAUGAGUUGGUGUGUCAUUUCAAAGGCAAUUAAACAAUUCGGGGAGACCCAAGAGAGAUCAGGAAGCAGUGAAAGAGGAGAGGUAGAGAUCAUUUCGUGAACCCUAAAACUCCAGAUCCUUAAAUGGCUUUUUAAGAGAAAAACGUGAUUUUUCAAACAAGUCAGCAGUGCCAACCAUUCUUGUUUUGCUUUGGGCCCAUAGAGGACCAGAGUUUUCAUGUAAUUAAGUGGGGAAAUCCAUUUCUAUCUUGAUAAUUACAUAUAAAUAUAUAUAUACAUAUAUAUGUAUGUAUGUAUGUAUAUAUCUAAAGCAUAUAUGCAUUUUCCAUUAGGUAGAGAUAUUUGAUUCCAAAUAUUCUUCCUUUUUUAGGGUUUUCUUUUGCCCCCAAAGUCUUGUUGGGGUCUUGAAUAUUUUUAAAGCUGUGUUGAGUGUCAACUUGUGUUCCUGACGUGUCUCAAACCCCUCAAUAGGGUCGUGAAGUCCACGCGGUUGUAAGACGGUGGUCAACCUGCUGGGCACACACACACCAAAGACGUAUUUGGUUCUGGGCACCUCCCCCAGCCCCAUCCCCCCAGGAUCUCCAUACUCGGUGCCAGUCUCUCUGACUGGAGCACUUUACUCUGUUUCUUCAAUACUGCAGCUCCCUGGGCACGGUGCCCGAGGGCUGCGUGCUGGCAUACCUCUGGCUCAGUGGCCGCCUGGCCUCCAGGCUGACCACAGAAGCAGCUUGUGAGGAAAUCAGAGAUUCUAUGAAUUUGUAGUAUUAAGGAGCAGGAAGUUGCACCAGGACUGAAGAGAGAUGACUGGAUGUCUCUGUACUGUACGUACCUGUUUAUCACGCCGCCUCCCUGCGGAAGAAGGUAUGCCUACUAUGGUAGACCUUUGACUUUUUAUUGUUUAUUUCUUUUACUUUUGGUAGGAAAAAGAAAAAGACUAGAUCCCUUUUUGGAAACUGAAUGCGGGUUUUGUGCCUUGACCACCUCUUGUUCCAUGAGGUUUGUAGAAAGUGUCCUGUGACUUACCACAGAAAUGCAAUAAACACAUGCAAAAGAGUCCCACGACCAAUUCUUCCUGUUACCUGUACUCCCGCCCCGAAGCGAGUUCGCCAAGAGCUCCUUGUGGGGUUGCAGGAAAACCAGGCAGAACUUCCCUUUGAUUAAGAAGAGUGUACCCCAUAGAGAAUAAAUUUCUCCUGUCCCCCCCCUUCUUGAUAUUGUAUAUAUUUUGACUAUUUAUUAGAUUAGGAGGUCACAUUUUACUUACCAACUGAGCCAAAUGUCUGUGUGCAAUUGUGUUCCCUUUCCCUCUCUUGUAAAAUUUUGUACAGCAUAAAUGAGUAAAGAUCACUGUUUUUACUAAACUUUUUCAGAAUUGAGGAUUGUACAUAUUGUAGAUUCUUUUUCUGUGUAAUGUGUCCUACUGUUUCAUAAUGCUGUAACUUGUAGAAAUGUUGUAUAUUUAUUUCCUGCUUAUUUAAUGUCUUACGUUCUGAAAAGUGUUGACCUCCCUGCUCCCCCCACCACACCCCUUCCCCUGCUGUACCAUUCAUUGCUUUGGCCGUGAGGUGGUGACUGUAGAGCCCCACGCCCUUCCCCAGGCUGCCCUCCAGCUUUGGUUCCUGGUAUUUCUGGUCACAUGGGUUUAAAUUCUUGGGGCCUGCUAUCCUGAUGAUGAAGUCUGUGCUGAGCCAUCAGUCAAAGACCAUAGAUACGGCCGGCUACAAAAUUCUACAAAAAAUAACCAGUGACUUUCUAUUCCUUAAGAGCCAGCUUCUCGUGGAUGUGUACUCUAUUAAGGCCAGCCCAUAUCUUUUUUAUUUUAAUGUAUUAUUGGCCGUUGGGACAGCCUUUUCCAUUGAACAGGUAUCCCUAACAAUUCAGAGUUCAGAAAAAUAAAAACGGGCCCCUUCUGGGGGUGCUGCCAGGAGUUGUGCAGGGCAAGAGAAAGGGACAGGUGAGCCAGAAUGCUCCUGCCCAGAGAGAGACAUCAGGACCACCUCAUGCCACUUACCCAUUUUUGGCAACUGGUUAGUAGUUGAAUUAUCCCCUACCCUCUGUGUCCUGUGCGUUGAGGUGUGGGCUUAGUGGUCUUUAGGAGCUAAUUGUACAGAACCGCCCCCCCCCUGCCCCAAGUCCUUUGGUCCCUGCCUUUGAUCAGCCUGCUUCAGGUUGUCUUCCUUCUGCUUCUCUGUUGGCUUCGAGAGAGGUUGGGGGUCCCACUCGACUGGAUGUUAAGAUGUGAAAGCUCACAGAAGCUUUAGAGAGACUUCCUGGUGGUCCCGUGUCAGUAGAUGGUUCUAGCAUCCCUGCUGAUUUAGCCUGGUGCCUGUGUGCGUCCACUCCCCACUCACAUGGUUUCGGGGGUGGGUCCACACGUGAUGCUAAACCAGCUGAGGGGACUCCUUCCAACGGCAUUGUAUUCACGAAGCACCCUUGAACUCCCAGCUAGGUAACUUGACUACUUUUACUUGGGAAUCCGAAUUAGAAGCUCUCUGAAGUUGUAUGUCCAGGUUCUGUGACCACUAGUUACUGUAUCAGAACUCAUCAGGUACACAUUCAUUAAUAGCACUGAUCUGUCUGUAUACGGACCCGUCACUAACCUGUUUCCUAGGACCCAGCGUAUGUAGCAUUUGUAUUUGCGAUUUCCCUGGCUUACUUGUGUUUUGCACUGAUGAAUUUUGACAGGGUAAUUGCCACUUUACUUGUGCAAUACUGCUGUAAAUAACUGCAGAUUUUUUUUUUAAGAAACUUAAUCUUUUAUGUUCUUAAUGAAGUUUAUACAAAUAAAACUUUCAACUAGU